AUGGACCGAUUUGAUGCGGAUUAUGUUGAAACGGUGCACACAGAUAUCGGAGAUUUCAUUCAAAAUGGUUAUAAGUUUGCAAAACCUUUAGGGGAUAUUGAAUUUUGCAUCAAUGGAGGAUUUGCGCAACCUGAUUGUAGUCUCUGGAACUUGCCAAAAAAUAUUUGGCAAUAUGGAUGGGUUGGCGGUUUCACAAAUACAUAUGCAUGUAAAAACAUGUUUGCAUAUGUUCUUAUGCUUGAGGAUACCGAAGAUUUUAGUGAAAACUGUCAGCUUGUUGGCAAUCAAUGCACCAAUUACAUAGCUUAUCGAAAAGGAAAAUGCGCUGAUUGCGGAAAUGAUGGCAAAGCAUGUGCUGUUAUUUCGUUAUUUGGCGAAAAUGACCGGAACUCAGGCCAAGGAUACCUGAAACCUCAAUCAGGUUUACAACCAAAAAAAGUUUAUCUAAAUACCCUUUCAAAACCUCCGUAUUGUGCCCACAAAUAUGCAAUUGAAAUUGAAUUAGCCGAAGGUUCAGAGCAACCGGGAGGAAAAUUUGAAUCGACUCUCGAAGGUAAAUACUUCGAUUCAGCGAGAGUGUUUGUAAUCAAUAAAGACUUUUUAUUCGAAAAGGGUGAUAGAAAGUUUUCCUGCUUGGUGCAACACGAUAAAAAUUUAAUAAGAGUAUCAGUAAUAAGAGCAACUAUAAGAUUGUAUCAUGACAUUUGGGACUUGGCUGUUCGGUCUAUCAAAAAUCAUCAUAAAUCGUCUGAAUAUUAA